AUGGGGUGGAUAGGAGAGCAAAUCGACUCAGUAAAGUCAAUUCAGUUCAGACAACUGGUAACACAAGCUAUUAGUUUUGGGAUGAUCGUUGCAUCAGCACUUAUAAUAUGGAAAGCAUUGAUGUGUGUAACUGGGAGCGAAUCACCUGUGGUGGUUGUGCUUUCUGAAAGUAUGGAACCUGGCUUUAAAAGGGGUGACAUUCUUUUCUUGCAUAUGAGUAAGGAUCCUAUUCGUGCCGGAGAAAUUGUUGUGUUUAAUGUUGACGGACGUGAUAUUCCAAUUGUUCAUCGAGUAAUAAAGGUACGGCGGGAAGUAUUAUCUCUAUACAAAAUAUUCUUUCAUCUGGUUGUGCUUGAUUAUAGGAACCUGGUUGCCUGCAUCAUAUUUUUCUGGGCACUGGUAAUGAAACAAAGAAUGUGCAAAUGGCUAUCAAACUUUGACAAGGAAAAGAAGAAUACCUCUCUAUGCCCACGGUCAACGCUAGCUGCAGCGUCAUCACAUCAUGGGAGAGCUGUUGGGUUCUUGCCUUAUGUUGGGUGGGUAACUAUAAUCAUGACUGAAAAGCCAAUUAUCAAGUAUAUAUUGAUAGGUGCAUUGGGAUUGUUGGUCAUCACAUCAAAAGAUUAGUGGACCGUGGCUUCACAUCACGGGCACAAAAUGAUAGCUUGAAAUUAAUAUACUAGUUGGCAUCCUUUAUAAUCAGUCUUGGCACCCCAUGGAUGAUGCUAAAAACAGUGAAAGAGUUGAUCUUCAGUUGGAAGAGCGGGUGAAGGAGGAGAAGAUGCAUAGCAUGGAAUAUGGUUCCACUUGCAUUAGUGUGAGUUUGUUUGGAUAGAGAGAGAAAUAUGAGAUCUUUUGAAAGAGUAUAGAUCCCUUAUUUUCUUUUGGUGCACCCAUAGAGUCCCUUAUUGUGUAGAAAGAAGGUUGGGUGGAGUUUGUAGAGAAUCACAUUUUGUAGAUUGUUUACCUUUUGGUAUACCCUUUGUAUACGGCAAGUUUAGUUGGCCAUGUUUAUGAAUGAAAAUACUUGUGCUUGAUGUCAAUACAAUCAAUAUACUAGUUGUACCGUCCCUUUGCAAAAAUGAAUAGCUUUUCCAACUUGGCUAAAUGAUCUUCCAUCUCACGCGAUUGUGAGCCCAUAUCUUUCUUGAGCAUACGUGACACUUAGGCCGAGCACUUCUUAGCAACAAGCAGUAAAAUUUGCCUUGCGCAUUCCAUCACAGAUGAUGUGUUAACUAGCUUUCCAUCUUCACAGUUGAGCUUCUUGAUGUAAUCACACGCUUGUUCAAGCUCUCCCAUCACUAAUGCCAACUUAGCUUUUCCUUUUGGUCUAUCAAAUUGUUGGAAACAAGAGGCAAAGCUAUGAGAAAGGAAGACUUUUAACUGCUCAAUUCAAAUUGCAUAAAAUAAGAAGGCCUACUGCCGUUUUGUAGGCUCACAACUUAACUGCUAAUAAGGCUAAUAAAUAGCAACAAACAAGUAGUGGGAGAAACAGGAGAUAAACAAUGAGAAUCAUGGCCCUGAUGAAGGGUGUUGAUUUUGUUUGUGAUGCUAAGUGCUGUCAACUUAGCAUUUUUGUCUUGAUAUUUUGUUGUAACUUUUGGGUUAUUUUGCUAUAAAGUUCUAGAAAUCAGAAGUUAAAUUUAAUGUGUGGUGGAGCUUUAUUUUAGCAUAAUAUAAGGAGUCAAUUUCCAGGAUUUAAGGGAUUUGAUAGACUUCACUUUAUGUACUCUUUGUAUAAAAUAACUUUUGCUGUAUGAACU